CAUCGCUCAACGAGAACCCAACAACACCUCCUGCUCCGAUUGCGAAAUCGGACAUGAUAAAUAACAAACAUACAUAACUCCAACAAUGCCAAGUAUACUUUCUGCAGUGUCGUGUGAUGGUUCACCCUCAUCGCCGAAGAAUAAAUGAUCACUUCGCCGCCACUGUUACAGUAUAGAUUGAUUCUCCGUUCCGCAACGAGCCUCUUUUCCCAGAAACACUUCACGCCAAUCAGGAAAUUCAACAUAUCUCGCGAAACCUGGCAAGAGCGUAGAAUCAAGAUGGCACCAACAGCUUCCCGGAAGGUCUUCUUCUUCGACAUCGACAACUGUCUCUACCCCAAGUCCUACCAGAUCCACGAGAAAAUGGCCAUCCUAAUCGACAACUACUUCCAGAAGAAUCUCGGAGUGAGUCCCGAAGAAGCCACAACGCUCCACCAGCGAUAUUACAAAGACUACGGUCUUGCACUAGAAGGUCUCGUGCGCUACCACAAGGUAGAUCCUUUGGCAUACAACGCCCAAGUGGACGAUGCCUUGCCGCUAGAAGACAUCAUCAAACCGAACCCCGCGUUGCGUGCAAUGCUGGAGGACAUCGAUAGGGAGCGAAUCAAGCCUUGGCUAUUUACAAAUGCCUACAUCAAUCACGGGCAGCGGGUGGUCAAGUUGCUCGGAAUUGAAGACUUGUUCGAGGGGAUCACGUAUUGUGAUUAUGCGGCUGAAAAGUUAUUGUGCAAGCCCGAUCCGAGGAUGUUCGAGAAGGCGAUGCACGAUGCAGGUGUGGAAUAUGUCAAGGAUUGUUAUUUUGUCGAUGACUCAACCCUCAAUGCCAAGGCUAGCAAAGCCUUCGGCUGGAAGACUGCACAUCUGGUUGAAGAGACUGCAACCUCGCCGCCAGAACCAGUCGGACAUUACCAGAUUUCGAACAUUUUACAGGUGCGGGAGAUUUUCCCCGAAGUUUUCAAACGAAAGUAGGAAGUCCCACUUGCUUUACAGCGCGUUAUAUCAAAGAGAAAAGCGGCUUGAACGGUGCCUGGUCCAAAGUAGUGUAUCUUCCACGAUACUAAACAUAACUCCAAACAAAGUUACAAUACCACA